AUGACUUCAGAAAGCCAAAAGACCGACUCAAUCUUAUUCCAGCACAAUGUCACCGAAAGAGGACUUAUGUCCGUCGGUGGUAAAGGCAGCUAUUUGUACAUCGAAGACCCAAUCACUGGGGAAAGAAAAACCGUGAUCGACGGCUCUACGGGUGCUGCAAUUGGCUCUCUAGGACAUGGCGACGAGGACAUUGCCGCUGAGUUUGCUGCAGCUGGGAAAGAAUGUGCAUAUUCUUUCCAUGUUUAUGUUUCGAACUACUAUGCCGAAAAGUUGGCAGAGUUCAUUAUCAAUAGAUCACCUGAAGGCGCAUUUUCCUCGGCCCUCUUUGUCUGCUCCGGAUCCGAAGCCAACGAGCAUAUAAUGCGAAUUAGCAGACAGUAUUUCCUUGAAAAAGGAGAACCGAAAAGAAUCAAGUUCAUUUCAAGGAAUCAGUCGUAUCAUGGAUUUACUGCAGGUGCCUUGGCACUUACAGGUCAGAAAAAGUUCGACGAUUACAAAGCAAUUGCAAUGCCAUCAACUCAGAUUCUCAAAACCUCAGUGGCUAAUCCUUACCGGGGAAUGAAAGAAGGUGAAACCGAAAAGGAGUACAAAAAUCGGCUGUUGGCUGAGUUGGAGCAAACAUUUUUGGAGGCUGAUCCGUCAACGGUUGCAGGUGUCUUUAUUGAAACUGUAUCUGGAUCAUCGCUUGCCUGUCAAACGCCUUUACCAGGAUAUUUAGAAGGAGCAAGAGAAAUAAUCCAUAAACAUGGUGCUCUAUUUAUCUCUGAUGAAGUUAUGUCUGGUUUGGGGCGUUGUGGAACGUACCACGCCUGGGAACAAUACCUGCCUAAAGACAAAGGCCCCGACUUACAAAGCAUAGGGAAAACACUGGGAUCUGGCUUUGUCACGAUAGCUGGCGUGCUGGUUUCGCCGAAGGUGAAAAAAGUUAUAGCAGAGGGCUCUAAGUUCACAAUGGGAGCUCAGUCCUUCCAUGGUCACGUUUUCAAUUGUAGAAUAGCACUAGCAGUGCAGAAAAAGAUCAAGGAAAAGAAAUUGGUUGAAAAUUCACGUGAGGUCGGCGACUACCUUGGUAAGUUACUUCAGGACAGACUGGGUGACCAUAAGUAUGUUGGUUGUAUCAAAGGAGCCGGGUUGUUCAGAGGAAUCGAGUUUGUUCAAGACAAGUCCACAAAGCAAACCUUCCCCCACAAAAUCAAUUUUGGAGCAAGAUUUGGUGACCUGUGUCUGAAGAACGGACUGACGGUCAUGGGAGGCAGUGGAGUUGCAGACGGGUAUCAGGGAGACCAGGCCCUAUUAUGCCCAGCAUAUAUUACCACCAAGGAGCUUGCUGACUCAAUAGUUGACAUUUUAGAAAGAUCUUUGAACGAAAUCACAGCGGAGGUUGAUACAGACCUGGAAACAUAA